GCCAUGCACUGCCAAGCCGAGCGCAGGCUGCCUUCCCCCGGGCAGCUCAAAGCAGCCAGGCGGCGCUACAAGACUUUCAUGAUCGACGAGAUCCUGUCCAGGGAGACGUGCGAUUACUUCGAGAAGCUCUCCCUCUACUCCGUCUGCCCGUCCCUCGUCGUCCGGCCCAAACCGCUCCACUCCUGUACCGGUUCUCCUUCUCUGAGGGCCUAUCCUCUCAUCUCCGUCAUCACUAGGCAACCCUCCGGCAUCUCCCACUUCAUCCCCGCCGCAGGCGCUUCUCGAGUCCUGUCCCCCCACCCACCCUCAGGAAGCAACUGCUCAGAGACACACGCCAGCGAAACUCACGGGAGCAGUGAAUCGGAGACGGAGCAGCCCACCCCACGCUUGAAAAAGCCUCGCCGCAGCCGGACCAUUUUUACGGAACUGCAGCUCAUGGGGCUGGAGAAGAAAUUCCAGAAACAGAAAUAUCUGUCGACUCCAGACAGGCUGGAUCUUGCCCAGUCACUGGGCUUAACCCAGCUCCAAGUGAAGACUUGGUAUCAGAAUCGCAGGAUGAAAUGGAAGAAAAUGGUUCUGAAAGGUGGCCAGGAAGCUCCCACGAAGCCCAAGGGCCGCCCCAAGAAAAACUCCAUUCCCACCUCAGAAGAGAUUGAAGCCGAGGAGAAGAUGAACAGCCAAGCUCAGAAGCAAGCCGUGGAGGAUGGCCAGGUUGUGGAAGAGUCUGAAUCGACCAAGGAGCAAUUGGACACCCUCUCGGAGACAGAGGAGUCCCCUGAACACACACCAGAAACCUCCCCAGAGGAGACGACAUCUAGUUAAGAGA